CAAAAAAUUCAAGCUAUAGAUGGCUUGCACGCACAAGGUUCUUGAGCAACACCAGGUUCGACCACCACCAAGCUCAGUGCCCACAACGUCUCUUCCACUCACUUUCUUUGACAUACCACUGCUUGCAAGCGAUGGCGUGAGAUGCCUCUACUUCUAUGAAUUCUCUCACCAUUUUACUCAAACUGUCCUUCCAACACUCGCACAUUCUCUCUCCCUCACUCUCCAACACUUCUUUCCCCUCGUUGGAAAUCUCAUCUGCCCCCCACCUCCCGCCAACCCCUAUAUCUUCUACACCCAGGGCGACUCAAUCCCAUUAACCAUUGCAGAGUCUACUGCCAUUUUCGACCACCUUACAGGCUACCAACCACGAGAUAUCAAAGACUUUUCCCACCUUGUUCCCAAGUUUCCACCAACCCAAAUGGCGAAUGACACCUUCGUUUUCCCUCUUCUAGCCAUUCAAGUCACUCUGUUUCCCAACUCGGGCAUUUGCGUUGCCGUCACAAAUCGCCAUGUAAUCGAUGGCCGGAUCCGUAGCCUUUUCAUGAAAUCUUGGGCAUCCAUUUUCAAAGCUGGAGGUCAUGAUUCUUCUUGUCUUGACAAGUCACUACGGCCAUUCUAUGACAGGGAUGCGAUCAGAGACCCAAAUGGUGUCAUGGCCGUUUUCUUGGAAGAGUAUUUCGUCCGCAUGAGAUCAAAAUGGAAGAAAGAUAUAGGCAAUACUGAUUUAUUUAGUGGGGACGACAGUGUUAAGGCGACAUAUGUACUAAAUCGAGCAAAUAUAGAAAGACUGAAACAACGAUGCGAGAAAGACAAUGAGUCGUCGUCAACCCCACAACAUUUCUCAAGCUUCGUUAUAACAUGCGCUUUCAUCUGGGUUUGCCGGAUGAAAACGCAAUAUCACGAAGGAGCAAUAGAUGACGACGAUGAGCUUUGCUACUUGGCCUUUGCAGCUGAUUGCAGAAACCGCCUCGAAUUUCCCGUACCCUUGACAUACUUUGGAAACUGUUUAGCUUCUUGUAAAGCAGCGGCCAAAACGAGCGAGCUAGUGGGAGAAAAAGGCUUUGUUGUUGCGGCGAAAGUCGUAGCGAGAGCAAUUUCAAAGCUGAAAAGUAAACCUUUAGAAGGGGCGGAGAAAUGGAUAGAAGAUAGGAAGAAUUUGAUAGGAAAGGGCCAUGGGCGUGUUCUCAUAGUCGGUGGGUCUCCAAGUUUUAGUGAUUAUCAGACGGAUUUUGGGUGGGGGAGGCCAAAAAAAUUCGAGUUCAUUAACCAUCCAAUAUUCAUUUCUCUUGCUGAUUGUAGAGAUGACGAGGGUGCUCUUGAGGUUGGGGUGGUGCUCAGAACUCGAGCUUCAAUGGACACUUUCUCUUCAAUAUUUGAACAAGCUCUAAAUUUACCCUACUGAUCAUUUAUAUGCUUUGAUCUUCAACUUCAGUUGUUGCAGAUGGCAAGUGCAUCGGAUCGUCUUGCAACUUUAUUUGAAUUAUCUAAAUAACUCGGCUAGCUACGUGACUUGUUGUUGGCCUUGUGGCAUUAAUGUAUUCUCUUUUUGUGCUUGAAUAAUGAUUUGGGUCUCUUGCUUAAUUGCUCAGAGGGCCGAUAGGUUUGCUUUGUUAUUUAACCUUCGAAAUUCAUUUUUCUUAUUUCAUACAUUGAUGGUACU